CAGCUGGACUGAGAACCCAGCCAUGUCUCUGCUGGCUGCCCUGCUGCUGCUUUGGGGUUUCAUUCUGGACCCAGCAACUGCUGCAGCCUCUAGCAUGUUGAGGAAUACCAGAAGAAACCAGCCCUUGCCCCGACCCUGGCUUUCUGUUAAGCCAGUGUCCUGGAUCACACCUGGCCUGCGCACAUUCCUAAUGUGUGAGGCCGAACUGCAGAAUGUAGCCUUUCUGCUGAGGCGGGAAGGAGAUGACGGUUUCCUGGAAGUAGCUGAAACCGAUCUCGUCCUGGGGGCAGCUGAAGUCAAGGCAGGAAACAAGGAACAAGCCAUCUUUCUAGUCCACCAACCUGGCACCUACAGCUGCAGCUACCAAACUCGUACCUCAGAUGUCCCUUCUGCGCCCAGUGAUACUGUGACCAUCGAGGAGUAUGUCAUACCACCUCCACCGGUGCUGACCUCCUCCGGAAGUUCCACAGGGAUCCUCCCCAAGGUGGCCCACAGGACCCUUGUCUGUGAGGCUCCACUGAUGGAUGUUGAAUUCCAGCUGAGGCAGGGCGAGCAGGAGCUGAACCUCCCCUCCAUCAGCACCAGCCCAGAGCAAAUCAAGUUCUAUCUGAAACUGUCAGACCUGGGUGACCAGAGCCCAUUCACCUGCCGCUACCGUCUACACAGUGAUACAGCUUGGUCCAAUGACAGUGAACCCGUAGAGCUAAUGUGGAGUGAUGAGACACUACCCCCACCGGUGCUCACUGCAGAGCCGUCGAAUCAAAUCGAUUUUGAGCCUGAUUCGAUGGUGCAGUUUCGAUGUGUCGCCCCCAAGGCUGGCCUGCGCUUUGGCCUGCACCGUGAAGACCCCGACGAGCGCAGCCUGCUCCAGACGAUGAGGUCAGCGGGCAAUGAAGCCAUCUUCCAGUUACACAACGUCUCAGCAUCAGACGCUGCCAGCUACAGCUGCAGCUACAUGGAACUGGCCCCGCCCUUCUCGGGAUCCGCUCCCAGCAAGUUCGUGAAGCUGACUCUGAAUGGGCCACCACCACCACCAAAACUUCAGGCUCUGUGGACAGGUAAAGUGCCUGCUGGCCAUGAUGUUGUUCUACGCUGCCAGAGCAAGGUGCCCGGGGUCACUAUGGAGCUGCUGCGUGGUGGCGAACUUGUGCCCUACAAGAUACUCAGAAUGGCUAACACCUGGAGUGACCUGGGGCUGUCCUACGUAGGCCCCCAACAUUCGGGCAACUACACCUGCCGUUAUACCUCCUGGUGGCCUGAGCACUUCCACUCAGCGCUCAGCAACCCUGUGGAGCUCCUAGUAGAAGAGGGAUUGUCAACGAUGAGAGAUUAGAAGAGACAGACCAAGUACAGAAUAAAGGAAAAUACUCAAAGCACCAAGAAUAAAACAAAACAAAACAAACAAAAAAAACAAAACAAAGGAAAAACAAACAAACAAGCAAAUCACCACCAACACCACCAACAACAAAAAAACCCAGAUGUGUGAGCAUGGUUCCUGAAAAAACCAUAUUAAACUGUUUGGAAAGAUGGUGAUAUGAGACAGCAGCCAAGAAAUGGUUGUUAGAGCAAAAUCCCUCCUCUAGGCAUGAUGUCACCACUGCUACUUGAAAUCAGAGCAGAGCUUGAAAUCUACCAGCAAGACACUCUCCAAGUAUCACAUGAUCAGGCCUAUUAUAUAAUAUCAUAGCACAGGAGUCAUGGGCCCCUCAGCAGAGAGUCCAGCCCCCAUUCUCCUGCUCCCACUGCUGCAUGGACAGUAUGAGAGUUAGAGGCAAUGGGAGAAUGAUGGAGUUGGAACUCAAGUGAAAGUGCACCUUUGGUGAGUUGUCACUAAUACCAGCACGGAGUUUCUCAAUGACACCCCUCACCCAUGCUCCUUCAAAUAACCCCACACAUUCAUUGGUUCCAGAGCUGGAUUUGACUGGAGACAUGCCUGGGAUCUGAUGGUGUCCAAUCUAAAGGAAGUGGGCAUUUCUAUGUAUCUUCCCUGGAAAAGUCAUACAACUGUUGCUCAAGUACAGAUGAAAUGUGCAGCCUCUUUACAGCCAUGGAAAGCAAAGCACAUGCAGAACCUGACCAUGGUUCCCCGAGGAGCUGGGAGUUUCAAGUUGACAGUGACAUGUGCCAUUACAAUAGGCUAGUGGCAACACACAUAAAUGUAUAGAUGCAUGUAAUACAUGUGGAGGGUCCCAGGAAUGAAUAAAGAUCAAGUAAGUGAGAGACUACAUUUGCCUUGCAGGGUAAUGACAAGGUUGGCAUCUUCCAGGAUCUCCUCUCUCACAGGGUUAUAUUUCAAUUGAUCUAGAUUGAAAUCUUAGAAGCCAAACCUUGGACUGUAUCCCAGAGAGCCAUGGAACACCAUCAGGCCUCAUUCUGGACAGGACAGAAAGAAGACCUAAUACCUAGACUAGCCUCAGUGCAACCAAGUUUAGGCUCCUGAUAUGAGGUAGGCAAAACAAUGUAAAGGGGGUUUCCAUCCUCCUCUCUGAAAUACAGAAAGCAUUGUGAUAUAAAUUUCAGAAAAAUGUGA